AUGAUUUCGCGCAACCUUCUUACUGGGACUGUUGUCCUCCUGACGGUUAGUCUAGCUAACGCUGGCCCAUGUCGCCCGUCUUCAAUUAUUUCUUCGUCGACUGUCACUGCAUCUGUUAGCGAUACUGCGACCAGUUCCUUGGAGAGUAAGACCGCGACUUCCACUGCUUCUGUCGAUGCGACCCAGACUACUACCACCGCGGUCGAGUCCGACAGCGAGACUGGAACUACCAUCGUCAUCGAAACAACCUCCACUGUCUCUUCGGUUGAAAGCACCACUACAGCGCUUGUCGACAUAACCACUACUACAGCAGCUAUCACAACCGCUGAGACCACCACCGACGCUGCAACCACCACUGCCGCAGCUACCACGACCACGGAGGGACCUGAAGCCGUCCAAUCCAUCUACAUGUACUCCCACAGCAGCAGCGACCCCGCCUUCGCAGGCAACGGCGGCACAGGCUUCGCGGCUCUCAGCGACACCCAAAUUCCCGACGUAGAAUACAUCGACUUUACGACUGUCCCCGGGACACUUUUCUUCACCCUGGGCGAACGAAGCGGGAAGGUCAAGAUCGGCAACGGCGCUGACGUUGGAAAGCUCGUGGGAUACUUCCCAUCAAGCGACUACAGCUUGGUGAUUGCUGCUGAGACUACACUUGCCGAGGAAAAUGGUGUUACGCCUUUAGACUGCGAUAUUGUCUCUCCAAAUGGAUACCCGAUAAUUCAGUGCCAAUACGGUGAUCUGGGACUUGCGGACUUUUGGACUUGUGCUGGACACUGGACGCUGGUGAAGCCUGGCUACGACUUCACCACUAAGUGUCCUAGUGCUUCUACGGCCUACAAGCUGGACUUCAUUGAGGUGGACUACGUCCAGUAA